CAACACUGAAUCAGAGCAUCGCUGGUUGCAUUGUUGCAUCUCUGGUCCCCUCCUCCUUUCUCCUCCCUCCACUCACCCAUCCUUUCACCCCCUCUCCUCGCUUCACACGCACUCGGACUUGCGCAUCGACUCCUCCGGCAUAAUGACCAACGAUUCCCCGGAGGGGGAGACCCGAGCACCGGGCGGAGGCGGAAGCGGAGGCGGUGUCGGUGGCGGCAGAGGGCUCGCGCGACGAAACCGAGCGGACGACAAUGUCACCAUCCUGACAUCCUCCAUGGAUUUCCACAGAGCCGGCCGGAGCCGAGCCAGCAGCAGCAACGACGCCGCGCCGAGCCUCACGUCCUCCGUGGAUCUGAGCACCUCCUCCCUGGAGCUCAGCAUCCAGACGCGGAUCUUCAAGAUCAUCGUCAUCGGGGACUCCAACGUGGGGAAGACCUGCCUCACCUUCCGUUUCACCGGCGGCAGUUUCCCGGAUAAGACCGAGGCCACCAUCGGCGUGGAUUUCAGAGAGAAGGCAGUGGAGAUUGAAGGGGAGACCAUCAAGGUGCAGGUGUGGGACACAGCAGGGCAGGAGCGCUUUCGCAAAUCCAUGGUGGAGCACUACUACCGCAACGUUCACGCAGUCGUCUUUGUGUAUGACGUCACCAAGAUGACUUCCUUUCGGAACCUACAGACGUGGAUAGAGGAGUGUAAUGGCCAUCGAGUCUCUGCAUCAGUACCUCGAGUCCUGGUGGGAAACAAAUGUGACCUUGUCGACCAAAUACAGGUGCCCUCCAACACGGCGCUGAAGUUUGCAGACGCCCACAACAUGUUGCUGUUCGAGACCUCGGCCAAAGACCCGAGGGAGUCCCAGAACAUCGACUCCAUCUUCAUGUCGCUGGCCUGUCGACUGAAGGCCCAGAAGUCCCUGCUCCACAGAGACGUGGAGAGAGAGGACGGGAGAGUGCGACUCACGCAAGAGACCGAGACAAAGAGCGGCUGUCCCUGCUGAGAAAAGAUGAGACGCGGGAGGCAGAACGGGAGGGAGGAAGAGACGAGCGGCUGCACAUGUGUCGGAAGAGGAGGAGAGGGAGGAUGGGCGAGUGAGGCUGCAGCAGGAGGCCUUUAAGUACAGGUUAUGUGGUUUAGGGGGAGGUUGGGGGUCUUGAUAGUGACUCUGGGAACAAUCUAUGUGUGAGGGGGGAGGAUGGAGGGGGACACUGAGAAGCAACAUAAUCAAUAUUCCUGUUGUAGGAUGAUGGUAGAGAGGGUAGAGGGUGACAUGGUCACCAGGAUUCAUGGAUUUUAAGGAGACACAAUAAUUAGCAAUUCACAAACAAGACUAUGUUGCCUUUUAUGCUACACUGUUGUGUAGAAAUCCUUCCAGUUUUUCAAACCUAGACACAAUCUAAGUAACAAUAUCACUUUGUGUGGCUACAUUAUAACCACUGAAGUCAGUUAGAAUAACACAGUCCUGGUUUGCUGCUUAGUGCAGUCAUCUUUACAACAUACUGUACCACAGCAACACACUGCAGCUUCCUUUCUUAUUUCUGCUGCUGCUUGAUCCAUAUUUCCACCCUGGUUCGCUGACAAACAGCAUCUCCCCACCAUUUUCUACAGCCGUGGUUUUGACGACGAACGAGCAGGUAGCAUUUUUUUUCCAAAACUGUAUUUCAAACACAAUGACUCAGCAAAACGCAUUUUGUCUUUGCAUGUGAAUAUAUCUGAAAUCUGUAGAGUAGGUGAAUGAGAUCACAAAUACUAUGCUACACAUGUUAGACAAUAAAACAAGUGAGCUCCAAGGAGAUAUACAGGAUGACCUUGGCACCAAGACUUCCCCACCACCGACUGUGUACAGGCAGCAAGUGACGUAUUGAUUCAGAAGCUGCAGGAUCGUCUUACCCACGUGAAGGAGAAACGCACUCUUCUACAAACUAUGGCCUUCAUACGUAGCUGAGCUUGUCUUUCUGAUCUGAUCCCGACGUGAACAUAUCAUGUAUUUCCUGUCGCAGGGUGGUUGAUCUGGCUUUUUGUUUGUGUGCAGAUGUUCAAGCAUCUCACGUCAGCCUUUCGCCACUUCUUCUGUUCUGUAGAUAGUGUGUGUGUGUGUGCGUGCGUGUGUGUGUGUGUGUGUGUGUGUGUGUGUGUGUGUGUGUGCUUUUUAAAUCAAUAUCACUGCCUCCAGUUUCAAAGGGGAUAGAGAGAUGGUAGAAAACUCUUGCUGUGUAGACAACCACACGAUCUACACUGCUGAACAGACUGAGCCUUGUGUACACUGUCACUGGACUACUACUCCCGAUGUCUGUACUAAGGAUUGGAUCCAUGAGUACCAAGCUAUGGAUGAUACAGGUCGCAUGGAACACUGUAGAAAGCCAUAUGCAAUAUGUACUGUACAGAGAGAUACAAUGUGCUGUACAUUGGUUCCUAGAGAGGCGGUGGGAGCAGGAACACACUAUUAGUUAUUCUUUGUACUAGCGAUUCAGGCUCAGGGCCUGACUGUGAUCUAUCAUAUACAUGCGGAUGCCUUGUGUAUAACAAGUUACAGCAACUCAAACACUGUGCAAAGCCCAACGUAAUCCAGAGAGCUAUAAUGUCUGAGAUGAGGCAGGUUGUAUUAGCCUUAACUAAAAACUCGGCUUCACGCUUUUUCUUUUUUUCAAUACAAGCUUUAAUUAAAAGCAUCAAGUUGGGGUCACUGUUACAAUUAAUGAUCUUACUUUAAGCGGGGAGGAUUUGGUUUACCUUUAUUGCACAUCUGACUGACACUGUACAACCAGCUGGAGGGCAGUUGGACGAAAGGACUCAAAACUAGGAAAGUUCCUAGAAACUUCCAUCCAUUUUCUGAAUAAAUGCAAGAACUGCAGCAACUACUGAUGUGUUAAAAUAUCAUGUUUGUUAAUAUCUACAGCUUCAUUUACCAUUUGGAAGAACCGGCCGAUUAAUACACGAGUGAUACAGCUGUCUGAGCCUAAUAUGACGCAAAUGUGCCUGGAUUUACCUACACUCAACAACACUCAACAAAAUGCCAUGAUUAGGCCAAACAAGUGGGGGUGCAGUGGUUUUCAGCUUGUUCCCUGCACCAAGUCCACCUAUAUUAAAAUGACUCAACAAAUUUGCAACAUACUAAAGUUUAAAAAAAACAAACUAUACAGUAAUUGAUCAUUUACUCAACAUUACACAACAAAUAUUUUUUUAAUUAUUGAAAAUCACAAAUGUCUGUUUGAUUUAUUUACAAGAUGCUUGCCUUCAUUCUAUCAUGUUUUGAUAUUACGUUUGCUUUUCUUUGAUAACAAGAAACGAAAAUACAAACAGUUGUGUGCGAGCAACACUCAGACUCGUAUCUCGUAUCAGAUCUCUUGACAAACGUAUUCAGGAUUAUUUCUAUUCGUACCCACAUAAGAUAUUUAAGUAAUAUAUUAACCAUCUAUUACCACCUGUAAGAGCCUUGGUCCCCUUUGACCUGUUGCUGAUUGUUGUAUUUAUUUUAUAUUGGUUAAUUUGUUCACUUCCCUGAGAAAAAAAAAUAGACAGAAAGCAGAAGUUAUCAGUCAGACACACAGCACUUAUCUGUCUUUGCUACUGUACAUCACAAAGGUUUGUGUCUGUGUCCUCUUGCAGCCCAGAUUCUUCAUAAAAUGUCAAUCAACACAAUAAGUUAGUUCUUUAACAAAAACGUGGUGUAAUCUUGACUUGAUGAUGUUGUCAUAACUUGAUUAUAAUUGUUGAAUUGUUGCAAUGUUGUUUUGAAGAACUUAUGUUCGUCUGUAUUUGUUCAAUGUGUAACACGGUCAUUGUUACAUUCUCACAGAGGGACAUCUGAUAAAACUGCUGAACAAACUUGA